GAAUGGGGCAGGGCUUACAAGUGUUUAAAAGCUUGAAGUACGGCAAAAGUGUGUAAAGACGGAGAAGAUUACCAGUCACUUGGCUGAAAAUUCAUUGCAUCUUUGAAGUAAAGAAAUCCAGACAGAUUUCAAAAUGCCUCCUCCAGCGGUUCCACACGGCAUGUGUCUAAAAGUCAUGGAUGACCGCAACAUGAAGGGUGGCAUGGGCUCUGCAACACAUCCUUUGAAGUUCAUGGAUCAGGACUACAACUCUUUACAAGACGUCUGUCUUAAGAAAAGAAUGAGAUUUGUUGAUGAGUUUUUCCCGCCAGACCCUCGUUCCAUUGGCGAAGGGCUGCUGGAGCCAGAAGUCAUGGCCCGAGUGGAGUGGAUUAGACCAAUGAAAUUGUAUCCAAAAGCUGCAUUUAUUGUAGACACAGUGUCCAGGUUUGACUUCGCCCAAGGGAAGAUAGGAAACUGCUGGUUUCUGGCCUCUGUUGGGGCUCUAACAUUUCAAAACAAAUUAUUACAAAAGGUCGUCCCAGACGGACAGUCAUUCAGACACAAUUAUACUGGUUUAUUUCACUUCAGGUUCUGGCGGUUUGGGAAAUGGUACGAUGUUGUAAUUGAUGACAAACUGCCAACAAUCAACCGCAAGCUGAUUUUUGUCAAAUCAAAAACAUAUAAUGAGUUCUGGCCAGCCUUGCUGGAGAAAGCAUAUGCAAAGGUGUGCGGCUCCUAUGCUGACAUGCACUAUGGCCAGGUAUCUGAAGCCCUCAUGGACUUCACCGGUGGGGUUCAUGUGCACUACGAACUGAAAACGCCUCCAACUGAUUUGUGGAAGAUAAUGUACCGUGCGUUCCAGUCAGAAGUCCUUAUGGGUUGUGCAACUCCACCAGGGAAUCAGAAUGAGCAACGAUUACCAAAUGGCAUUGUUCUGGGCCACGCUUACACUGUGACAAAUGUUUACCAGGUCAUGAUGGGUAAAUAUCCAGUUCAGCUUGUGAGAUUGUUCAACCCAUGGGGACGCUUUGAGUGGAAUGGAGACUGGAGUGACAAAUCACCCUUGUGGAACACAGUGAGUGAUGAGGACCGCAAACAACAUCUUCAGGCUGAAAAUGGAGAGUUCUGGAUGUCAAUGAAUGAUUUCCUUAGAACAUUUGACAACAUGGAUAUCUGCUGUUCCUGUCCUGAUUUUCUGGAAGAAAAGUCUGCAUGUCACUGGAUUUCCAAGUUCCACCAUGGCAGCUGGGUUCCUGGGAGUACAGCUGGAGGCUGCAUGAAUCAUUCAGACACCUUCUUUACCAACCCCCAGUUUUGGCUGAAGAUUAAUGAGAUGGAUAAGGCCUGUGAGCAGGGCCAGAGCAAUGUUCUGGUGUCCCUCAUACAGAAACCUGACAAGAGAAACAGACGCAAUGCUUCACACCAUGACAUCGGCUUCUACGUGUUUGCGGUUCCACCCGAGGCAAGUAAAAUUAGUUUUUAAUCAGUUUUUAAUACA